CAUUCAUCGUAGGCUAUGUCAGUGAACAUGCGGAAAAAUAGUGCAACGAACUCUGACUACCAAGCAAGUAGUGAUGUCCACUACAAACCCCCCAAUAAUACUGAUAUUUAGUGGUAAACGCAAAUCAGGGAAGGAUUAUGUAACCGACUUAAUUCAUAAAAGGCUGGGAGAUGAUACAUGCUGCAUCCUGCGUCUGUCUGGGCCCCUGAAAGAACAGUAUGCAAAGGAGCAUGGUCUUGACUUCAGUAAGUUGCUGGGAGCGGGCCAGUAUAAGGAGCGAUACAGAGCCGACAUGAUCCAGUGGGGAGAGAGGAUGAGGGAGCAGGAUCCUGGGUUCUUCUGCCGGCUGGCCAUCAGAGAGGCAAAACAGCCAGUUUGGAUCAUCAGUGAUGCUCGGCGCAUGUCGGACCUGCAGUGGUUCUGGAGGGAGUUUCCUCAGCAGUGUUGCUGUGUGCGCGUAGAGGCCUCGGAGCAGAUCAGAUUACAGAGAGGAUGGAAGUUCACUCCAGGUAUUGAUGACGCAGAGUCAGAAUGUGGUCUCGAUCAGGGAGUGCAGUUUGACUGGAUAAUUAACAAUAAUGGAGAUGCUGUACUUUUGGAAGAACAGCUGAAAGAACUGUUUGUGCUGGCGAAGGAAAAAUCUGCACACAAUAAUGGACAACAAAGUAUUAACAGUUAACCACAAAUUCUUGAGUUUUACCAUUUUGUUAACGGUCUAACAUUGUAAAUACCCCCGAAAAAGUGUAUUUGUACCAAUAGAAAAUGCAGUGAAAUGUCUUUUAAUCUUGAUUUACUUAAAGCUUAAUGUGCAUAGUACAACUUUGCCCCCAUUUAUCGCAGCAAGAUAGGCAAUCCACUGUCUCCAUGACCGUCUUAAACUGCUUUUGCUGUAAAUAAGGGAAGUUACAAUUCCAUGCUGCUAAUUUAUUAGUGACUGAUGCAACUACAGUUGGAGAGAGGGAUGUGUGGUCCAAAUAAAACUACAACCAGGACUUCAAAGCCCCAAUUAUAGCAUCCUCUCUUGACAACCUGCUGCUACUUCAGUCCACCAUUGCACCAUAGCGUACCUGUAAUUACAGAAGAGUCCACUAGGUGUCCACUCAACCACCAGCUCUGGGCCUUUCAUGUGGGAUCUAUUUGCGAUAUCAGGUUAAGGUUAUCACACAGAAGGACCUUGUAUAAUCCAUUACAAGGACAAAGAGCCACUUGUACUAUUCUACAGAACAGGAGCAGCAGUUAACUUUGAGCAAAAUGGGUUAAGGUGACAUCAGACCGGCUUUGUCAUGUCAGUAUGUUAAUGUUUCUAUGACGUCACAGCAGUCCAAACUUGAAGCCUCAAGACACCUUAACACAAGAGGACAAGACUACUAGUCAAAUUCAAUCAUGGUCCUUUAUUUAAAAAAAAAAAAAGAAAAAUCUUGUGUCCAUGUUUUGAGUCAUGAUUGUUACAAUGAAAUACCGUUGAUAACAAAAUGUUUACAUCUUGAAACCCCAGGAUAAGUUCCAGUUAAAACAUUGCUGAUAAAGUUUAUUUAUUUCUCAUUUAAUUCAUCUUAAAGGUUUGCAGUUCUGUUGACUUGCAAAGACACACACAAAAAACAAGAGUGGCAUCAUGAGAUGUUUAGGUCGCCCUCUAAGUUUGUUCAUCUUCCCGUUCCCACCAAGGUGGCAUCACGGCUUCCAUUUUGGCAGUGGAAUGGGAUUUGCUGAUCACCCCUUCUUAUCUCCCACCCUCAAGUUAUUUCACCCAAAAAAAACAAAAACAAAAAAAACAUUU